AAAUAAUGUAAACAAAGUGUAUACAUUUUAUACAUGACAUACAGAUAUUUGGAUAAUAUUUUACACAGAAUUUCCUAAGUACCUACUAAAAGCACGAUGGGUAAAGAAAGGCGUAUACGACUAAAGUUUCAUAAUGUGCUACCUACAUCAAAGAACUUUUUAACUCACUCAGAUGAUACAGAUCCAUACUUUUAUGCCGAUUAUACAAUUCCAACAAAACUUCAAGCGUCAAUAAUAUCCGAUUCAUAUCCAGGCUUACAUUUAUCAUUCGAUAAUCUAUUACAGAACUUACCGAAGAAAGUGAAAACUGUUGAAUUUUUUGAAUUUGGUAAAAAUGAAAUACAAAAAUUUAAGAAUGCAAUAGAAAAUGAUUUUGAAACAAAUGAAUUGGACUCAAAAGGUAUAAGAAGUGAGUCGACAGUUGAAACGAAAAAAGUACGGCAGCAUAGUGAAUUUCUAAAAAAAUUUGAUGUUGUAAACCAUGCCAGGCGUUUAUACGGGCUAUCGGAUAAAAAGAAAAAUAAAAAAUUUGAAAUGUAUGAUGUAUUACCAAUUUAUUUAACAAUACCAACAUUGAGAUAUGAAGUUCCAGGGCAUGCAGCUAAAGAACAGCAAGUUACAGCACACCAACUCCAAGACAAAGUAAAUCCCUCCAUACCGCGCAAACGUUUACAUAGUGAGAGAUUAAAGACAACUAUAUUGAAAGAAAAUCAAGAAUUAAAUAAAUUAAAAUCAAUUUUAUCAGCCAAUAUAGAGAAAUCUGUAAAAAAGUUCGAAAAUAUUGAACAAAAAAAUUCGACUGAAGUGCAUGGAAUGCUAACAAGAGCUCAAAAUAAAAUUUACUAAUCUCAAAAAUAUGCCAAAAUUAUUGUACACAAUUAUUUCAUCAUUUUUCACUUCCUCAUUCACACUAAAUAAAAUAAUUUAGAAUACAUUUGAAAUAAAAUUAGCUAAAUUCCCACCCUUAAAGUAAACACUUUUUUUUUUUGUAAGCGGUGACAAUAAUUGUUUGCCUCAUCCAAAAUAGGCUAAAAAAUGUAUUUUUGUGAGGUAUUGAGUUAGAAUUUUUCUUUCCUUAUCUUUAACCGUAUAAUUUUCAUAGAAAGAUAAACGAGAAUAAAGGUACGGUGACAGAAAUAAAAGGGUUGAAGCUAAUUUUAUUUUAGCAUUAAUCGAUUCAGAUUAAAUACAAAACGAUUAUCCUUUUUGUAUCAGAAUGAAUAAUGUAUCAAGAAAAAUGCAUUUUUUUGCUUAUUCUCAAUAGAGUUAAAAAAUUAUAGUCACUGCUU